UCUGUUUAAUCUGUUUUUUCUUCUCGAACAUUGUGGACGCUUUUAGAGGCAAAAAGAAGUUUCCUCUCUUGCAUUUAUUCAGCAAAACUUAACAAAAUUGUGACUAAUCUAUCCAAUUAACAACAAAGAAAAAUUGUGAAUUAAAAAAGUUUGCAUAAGGCUGGGACGUAAUACCAAUUUGGUGUACAAUUUCGCAACAACAAAAACACGUAUAAUUUCAGUAAUAUUUUUUGUCACAGUAAAGGCUAACUGCGUUUUAUUUAAAAAGGUACCAUCUAAAAUCAUAUACAAAGUUGUAAGAAUACUUUGAUUGCUGCGUAAGAAAUUACAAAUUUGGACGGAAAAAAUCGUGCUGUCUCAGUGCUGGCUUGCAAAAAUAAAUAUAAUUCUUGAAAAUAAACGUGUCUAAAUCGAAAGUCGGACUUGAAAAAUCGUAACUACUGUGCAGACAAAGGAAAUUGUCACCAGAAGAGCAAGUCUUGAUGUUAGUGGUGUGUGUUUCUACUUUCAAAUAAGGCACUACAAACAAAGAAGUCAUCAGUUGCAAGCGUUGAACUCAAAGCCUGUCUUUGUUAGCAAGCAAUAAACCAAGUUAGGUAAAACGACUUCAAUAAUCAAACGGCAAACAAUUUUCUUUGUGCUAGACGCGGAAUCGCAUGAAAAGUUGCUGCAUUUAGUAAUACCAAGUGUGGCGUAACAACAAUUACAAAAUAAAAAGUAAAGCUAUUGGAAUUAACAACAACAACAAAAAAGUAAACAAUAAUAAACAACGCAAAAAUGCCAGCUGAUUCGGUUUCAAGAAUGGACUCCAACGGCUCUGGUGGCGAGUCAAAUCCGCCCGAAAAUUUACUUGGUACCUCACCGGGUGCCUCAAGUUUGCGCAGUCGCACUGAGAGUGAAAGCUCUGAUAAAUUGGCACGCUUCGUGCUGCCCAGCAUGGAUGGUAGUCCACCAAAGGUGCUAACACUACACGAAGUAGGUGAUGUGCUAAAAAAUAUACAAAACAUGGAACUGGUGCACGAAAUUGCCAUAAAUCCUGAAUUUAAAUUCGAGCCUUACGAACCACCAGAGAACAGUCUGGAACGUCGCAUUAAGGAUAUUAUGCAUAAAGCCUUCUGGGACGUAUUGCGUGGUCAGCUUAGUGAAAAUCCCCCAUGCUAUGAUCACGCCAUACAAUUGUUGGCUGAGAUCAAGGACUGCUUUCCUCAAAUACUCUCGCAGAAUAAUACACGUGCCUUACAGCACAUCAACGAAAUACUUGACAUCGAUGUUAUCAAGCAACAGGCCGAAGAGGGUGUCUUAGAUUUUAGAGCCUAUGCCAAUUUCGUCAUACAAAUCAUGGCCAAGUCAUGCGCACCGGCCAGAGAUGAAAUGGUGCGUCAGUUGACGGAAAUCGAAGAUGUCGUGGAUACUUUUAAGAAUAUACUCGAAACAAUGGCGCUCAUGAAAUUAGAUAUGGUCAAUUAUUUGCUCGAUUUUGCACGCAAUGACAUUAUGGCCAAUUCGGUGGAAUAUGAGAAGAAGAAGUUCAAGGAGUACUUGGAAUAUUACAAAUUUGGCUUCCCUGGCACCGAAAAUUGGCUGAAGAACAGCUGUGCACAUGAUGCCAACAAUGUGCCCUCAUCACCAGAACAAACGAUCUCAAAUGCCUAUAUGGAACUUAUGGACUGGGAUGAGUCGAAGGAGUUCCCAGAGGUGCUAUCGAUUGACAAGGAGCGUAUCUUGAAACUGGGUCAACGUGCUAAACGUAUUUGCACAUGUGCUGCGGUCAUCUCUAUUUGCUCGGGUGUGCCGAUUAUAUCGCAACGCAGCGAAAAUCGUGUGGCACUCGCUAAACAAAUUGAAAUCAUUUUGCAAGGCACCACUAACGAGAAAGAGCUCUUGGAUUCCAUAGAAAAUGUGUGGCUACAAGUCAAAACCGUUAUAAAUGAUUACUUACAAAAGGAGAAACAGCCGGUAAUGGAUGCUAAUACGGAAGAGUUGUUGAAAUCGCAAAUAAUGCAAGCAGGCAACAAGGAUUCGCCGGUGCGUCAACUAAUGUGGAAACGUUUCCAAACCUAUUUCCGUUUGGCCAUGCGCUCGAGAGCCGGUUUGCCACCGCCACCACCUGGUUAUGCGGAUUUCAAAGAUGAACUCGAGGCCUAUUGUACUGCCUUAAAACGCGUAAUUGCCUAUAAUCAUUCCGUCUUCGGUGAAUACUUUAUGCGUGUGCUCACACAACAGCCCUUCACAAGCAGCGCAGCAGCAGCAACUACGAGCGAUGCCACAGCUGCUGCAAGCGCUACAGAAAAGGAGCAAGCAACCAUUGAGAGCACAGCCGCUGUUGCUACUGCCGAUGAGAAGGCUUCGAAUAGCCAAUAAUGGAAAUGCAUGUUAGCGUAACGUAAACGACAAGCGACAGUAUGUGCUGUGUGUGAAUGUGUGGUGCCGUUGUUGUUGUCAGACAAGUGCUGCCAUUGGCACAAAUUGAUUUCAUUUAAUAAAUCGGAAGUUUUGUAAACGAACUAACCAAACGUGAGCCAACACGUGACUGAAGUGGGGCCCGAAGUGCCGGCGCAUUUAUGAUUUGAACUGUGACGUUUAAGAAUUUGGGCAGAAAAUCGAAAAAAACCAAAUUUACUUUCCUAAAAAUACUCCAACUUAAUUUAAUUAAAAAUGGAUAACGUUAGAAACAAGCAAAUUGAAUGAGAUUAUAAUGAAGAAAUGCAAAGUUGAAAAUCGUAAAAAUUAUAUAAAUUCAAACGUUAAAACGUGCUAAUUAGUUUAUUUUUAAUAACUGUUUCACAAAAUUAUUAAAUGAAGAAAAUAAGCAAAAUUCAAUGUGAAAUUAUAAGCUGAGUUAAAAAAAUCGAAAUCUUUAAUUUUAUUUAUUGGCAAAAGAUGCCUGCAUAACGCCAAUGAAAUUUGUUUGAAAAGUAUUGGAAAAAUUGGUGCUGCUCGUGAAUGAGCGCGAAUGAGACUUGAACUUAUUUGUGGUUAUGUUUGAUAAUUACCGUACUUUAGUCACUACGCAACUGUUUAUUAUCAGCACAAUUGAAUAUGAAAAAUUCUUUACACUAAAAACUUGUUCGAAUAGAUAUUUUUUUCUUUCGAUUUCGAGUAGCUAUUUGCAUAUAAAUCAUUUAGAAUCAACCAAGUACUACUUUGAGUUGAAAAAUUAUUUAUAAAACCUCAAACUUAACCACCAACAUUGAAGUGAUAUCGAUUUUUUAUUUACCAAAAUUUUACGAAUUUUUGCACACA